AGCAGAAUUUUAUGGAACUUUCUGAGAGAUAAUGCAGGGUGGUGGAGGAUGCGGAUUGGAAGAAUAACAAAUCCUCCCUUGAAUAGGACAGGAGCAAGGCUUGCCAUGGAAAGGAACACCAAAAGCCUUGCAAUUCUUUUCUCUCAGGCAAAUUGGAAGCCGAGGAAUAUGCAAGCAAUGUCAAAAGGCAAAGCAUCUUAUUUUGAGAGGAAGCAAAGGAGGAAGGGUAGUGAGCCAAAGAGGAAGGUCUUGCCAAGAUUGGAUAUUCCUACUGGAUAUCCAACUCAACCAGUGAAUGGGACUGGAUUUGGAAUUCAGUUUUCAAGUCUCCCAGACAUGGUGAAUAGCAUACAGAAGGAUAGAGCCAUGGCAGGGAAUGAAUGGAUCAACGGUUACUUAGAGGCCAUCUUGGAUGCAGGCACAAAGCUCUCACGAGAAAAAAACAUCUCUUCUCCUCUUUCUCCUCCAGCAGGACGAGCUCCUCCAUACAGUCCAACAAAAUACUUUGUUGAGGAAGUGGUGAACCAUUUUGACGAUGCAGACCUCCACAAGACAUGGAUCAAAGCGGUGGCCAUGAGGAGUAACCAUGAGAGGAACCAGAGACUGGAGAACAUAUGCUGGAGGAUUUGGCACCUCACUCGUAAAAAGAAGCAGAUUGAGUGGGAGGAUGAACGGAAACUGGCAAAGCAGAGAAUGGAGAGAGAGCACUUAAGCAAGGUUGCUGCAGAAGACUUAUCGGACUUAUCUGAAGGCGAGAAGGAGAAGGGAGACCCUGAGGUGCCAAUGCUGAGGAUUGAUUCUAACGUGCAGAUUUGGCAGGAUGAGCAGGCCCAGAACAAACGGCUCUACAUUGUUCUCAUUAGUUUGCAUGGAUUGAUCAGAGGGGAGAACAUGGAGUUAGGAAGGGAUUCUGAUACUGGAGGGCAGGUGAAAUACGUGGUGGAGUUGGCCCGGGCUUUGGGUGGUACCAAAGGGGUGUACCGUGUGGACUUACUUACUCGGCAGUUAUCUGGGCCGGAUGUUCACUGGAGCUAUGGUGAACCAGUUGAGAUGCUCACCUACGGUGACAGGAAUUCCCAUAUUGACUCUUGUGGGGCAUACAUCAUCAGACUUCCCUUUGGUCCUGGUCAAAGGUAUAUUCCCAAGGAGUCAUUGUGGCCCCACAUCCCCGAGUUCGUGGACCGGGCCCUGGCCCAUAUAACGAAUGUGGCCCGCUCUGUCGGCGACCAACUUGAACCCGCCGGAGGGAAACCGAUAUGGCCGUACGUCAUCCACGGCCACUACGCCGACGCCAGCGAAGCCGCCGCCCGCCUCUCCGGCAUCCUCAACGUCCCAAUGGUGAUCACCGGCCACUCCCUCGGGCGGAACAAGCUGGAGCAGCUGCUGAAGCAGGGAAGGCUCAGUAAGGAGGACAUCAAUAGGACUUACAGGAUCAUGAGGAGGAUCGAUGCCGAGGAGGCGGCGCUUGAUGCGGCGGAGAUGGUGAUCACGAGCACCAGGCAGGAGAUUGAGGAGCAGUGGGGUUUGUAUGAUGGCUUUGAUGUUAAUCUGGAGAGGAAGCUCAGGGUACGCCGCCGCCGGGGUGUUUCUUGCUUCGGUCGAUAUAUGCCUCGAAUGGUGGUCAUACCACCAGGAUUGGAUUUUAGCUAUGUGCGCAUGCAGGAUUUGAGUGAGGGUGAUGCUGAUCUUGCCAAGAUGAUAGGCCCUGAUGGAGCUCAGAGCAGAAGAGAUCUUCCUCCAAUAUGGGCUGAGAUAAUGAGGUUCUUUACGAAUCCUCACAAGCCAAUGAUUCUGGCCCUCUCUCGGCCUGAUCCUAAGAAGAAUGUGACAACCUUGCUUAAGGCCUUUGGUGAAUGCCACCCUCUCCGAGAACUUUCUAACAUGACACUGAUUCUUGGAAAUAGAGAUGAUAUUGAAGAGAUGUCUGGCAGUGGUGCGACAGUUCUCACCACUGUACUGAAGCUGAUUGAUAAAUAUGAUCUCUAUGGUCUGGUGGCUUAUCCUAAGCAUCAUAAGCAAACUGAUGUGCCUGAGAUUUAUCGCCUUGCUGCCAAGACAAAGGGGGUCUUCAUCAAUCCGGCACUGGUUGAACCAUUUGGUCUCACUCUCAUAGAGGCUGCUGCUUAUGGUUUGCCUGUGGUUGCAACCAAGAAUGGAGGGCCGGUGGACAUUAUGAAGGCAUUGAACAAUGGUGUCUUGGUGGAUCCUCAUGAUCAUAAUGCCAUUUCUGCUGCCCUCCUGAAACUGGUUGCUGACAAGGGACUUUGGAUGGAAUGCCGGAGGAAUGGCCUGAAGAAUAUCCAUCGUUUCUCAUGGCCUGAACAUUGCCGGAAAUAUCUAUCACAUGUUGAGCACUACCGGAACCAUCAAACUGCCACUAGUCUGGAAAUCAUGUCACGCAUGGAAGAGCCGAUGAGUGACUCUCUCAGGGAUGUUGAAGACUUAUCACUCAGGUUCUCUGUAGAUGGAGGUGACCUCCAAACCAAUGGCAGUGUUAGCUCUAUUGUGGAAGCUCUCCAUCAACAUCAACAUGAUCUUACACAUUCCCUGAUGAACAACACAUACAUGUUUGGUCCUGGGAAGAGGCAAAGGAUGUUUGUGAUUGCAGUUGAUUGUUAUGAUGCCAACGGUCAAAUAGUUCUCCAUGAUUUUUCAGUGCUCAUCGGAAAAUUAAUGGCCAUUGGAGGAACUAAUGGCUGCACUGGUUUUGUCCUUGCAACGGGAGCCACUGGAAAAGAAACUAUCGAGGCCAUGCAGCAAUGUGAUAUACCCCCAAGGGGCUUUGAUGCAUUGAUUUGCAGCAGCGGAAGUGAGUUAUACUAUCCAUGGAGGGAUCUCAUGCCUGAUGGCGACUAUGGUGCUCAUAUUGAUUAUCGAUGGCCUGUGGAGCACGUGAAAUCGACCAUUCUUAGGGUGGCUCAAAUGGAGAACAAACCUGAAGAGGAUUGUCUGAUUGUUGACGAGGAGGCAUGUAGCUGGCAUUGCAAUGCAUACUCACUUAAGCAGGGAGCCAAGGUUAGGAAGCUAGAUGCUAUUCACCAAAGGCUGCGCAUGCGUGGUUUCCGAUGCAAUCCUAUCUAUACCAAAGCUUGUACAAGAUUAAAUGUUGUUCCAUUGUAUGCUUCAAGGUCAUAUGCACUAAGGUAUCUUUCAGUAAGAUGGAACAUUGAUCUAUCAAAAUUAUUAAUAUUUGUUGGAGAAAGAGGAGACACAGAUCAUGAGGAGCUCCUUCCAGGUAUCCACAAUACCGUAAUUCUUACAGGCUUGGUCACAAGUGGUAGCGAGACACUACUCCGUGAUGAAGAGAACUGCAAGAUUGAUGAUAUCAUCCCAUUGGAAAGCUCAAACAUAGCCUGGCUACCUGCUGAAAGCUUUGAUGCUUCAGCUAUCAUGGCUAUUAUUGAGAAGGUUAAAGCAAAAUGAUGCUACAAGGCCAUCAAAUAUCUCAUCGAUAUACACAUGAAGAUGCCAAUGAUCCUCAUAAGAACUAUAUAUACCUUUAGUCCAGUGUUGGAUGUUAUGAAAUGGAUCAUUUACAGUUGAGGGCCAUUAACUCUAUUAUAGAAAAGGGGAUGGCUUUACAGGUCUUGAUAAACAUGAUAUACUUGUAGAAAAGCUUUAUUGAUAUAUAUAUAUAUAUAUAUAUUUAUAUGAGAUUGAAAACCAUAAACACAAUGAUUGUACAAGCUGUUAAUGGAAGCAGUUACAAUGGAAGUGAAGAAUAUCAUGACUGAGUUUUUUUUUGGUUAAUC